AUGACAAAUAAAGAAUCUUCAUCUAAGAUCGGAUAUGUCGGAAAUGUUAAAAUACUUGACGUUGAAAAACGAUAUAAACCAGGACCAAAACAUUAUGUCUAUGUUAUACAAGUGACUUGGUCAAAUCCUUCAAAUCUAUUUAUUAUCUAUCGACGUUAUGCACAAUUUUUUGAUCUUCAAUGUAAAUUACUUGAUUUCUUUGCUGAAACACCCAUGCAAUCGAAUAGUGAUAAGCAAUUACAUCAAAUUCCAUUUCUUCCUGGUAAAAUUAUUCUUGGUCGCAGUCAAAUACGUCAAAUUGCUUUAGAACGAAAACAAAUGCUUGAUGAAUAUUGCCAAACUUUAAUUUCAUUACCUCAACAUAUAUCUCGAUCUUGUCCAAUACUUGAGUUUUUUCAUCCAUUAUCAACUGAUGUACAACAACCAAUUGAAUCUAUUGUACAUGAAAAAAAAAUCAUAAGAAAAUCAUCAUUAGCUAUAAGUGGACCAGCAAAACUAGAAACUUAUCGAUGUUUAGAUGAUUUUACUGCUACAGAUAAACUUGAAAUGUCACUGAAACGAAAUAAUAUUGUUCAAGUACUUCAAAAACAUGAAAAUGGUUGGUGGUUUGUUCAAAAUGGUGAUCAAACAGGUUUUGUACCAGGUACUUAUUUACAACCAUCUGAAUUACAACAAGGUGCUCGUGAAGAAAAGGUUAUUGAAAAAACACUUAACGAAAUAUAUGUUGUGAAUAAUAAAUAUGAAGGACAAGGUCAAGAUGAGCUAACAUUAGAUCAAGGUUCAUUUGUAACAGUGAUUGAGAAAUCAUUUAGUGGAUGGUGGACAGUUAAAUUUAAUGGUAUGACUGGCCAUUUUCCGGCAAUAUAUUUAUCAUCGUGGGAAGGACAACAUACUCCCGAAAUCAUCAUAAAUGGUAUGUCGCAUGAUUUAUAUGAUUCCGAUUGGGAUGAUGACGAUGAUGAUGAUAAUGAAUAUCAUACAGAAUUAUCAAAUAGUACUAAUCCAGAAUUAUAUUAUAUUCAUAGUGAUUUUAUAGAUAAUACUGGAGAUCAUUUAUCAUUUAAACGAGGUGAUCUUAUUGAAAUACAUAGUAAGCAUUCAAGUGGAUGGUGGUUUGGAAGACGAAUGAAAAGUGAUCAUGUUCUAACAUGGAUACCAGCAAAUUUUCUACAAAAAGAACCGAUUCUGGAUGACAUUUAUGCGAGUAUAAAUAAGCAAUCAUCUAAUAUAGUUCCUAAUAUUUCAAUAAAUAGACAAAUUCAAGAACAAGAAAAUAAGCCAAUAGAUUCAAUUUAUGAAAAUUUAGAAGAUCAAACUUCAAUAAAUGAUAAUUAUGCAACAUUUGUAAAAAUAGAACAACCAGUAGAAAAAAUAAUAACUCAAAAACAAGUUCCAGUUUCGAGUCCUAUCCGUCCUAUAAGUUACAAUCAGGAAUCGGUACUACAAUCAGUAAAAGAUCUUGUAAAAAAAUUCAACGGACAAUGA